GGAAGCUCUUUAUAUGUGACAUUUGUAAUAAGUCAUUCUCUCAGAAAUCCCAUAUAGUAUGCCACAUGAGAGUACAUACAAAGGAAAAACCUUACAUUUGUGAGUUAUGUAACAAGGCCUUUUCUGUAAAAUCAACGCUAGAUGGUCACAUGAGAGUACAUACAAAUGAGAAGCCUUAUAGCUGUAAGGUAUGCAGUAAUUCCUUUGCUUGGCAAAGUCAUUUAUUGAGGCACAUGAGAAUUCAUACAAAAGAAAGACCAUAUAGUUGUGAGAUUUGUAGUAGGGUGUUCUCUGACUGCAGUAACCUCUCAAGACAUAUGAAAAUGCACAGACAUGAGAGGCCUUUUGGUUGUGAUUUUUGCAACAAAGCUUUUUCUCAUAAAUGUAAUUUAUUGACUCACAUAAGAACACAUACACAGGAGAAGCCCUAUAACUGUGAAGAAUGUGGAAAGGCAUUUUCACAGAAAAAAGGUUUAGAACAUCACUUACGAACACAUACAAAAGAGAAACCUUAUAGUUGUGAAAUAUGUGGAAAGUCAUUUUCUGUGAAAUUUAGUGUGAAGAAGCAUCAAAUAGUACAUACAAAUGAAAGACCCUAUGAUUGUGAGAUUUGUGGCCAGAAAUUUACUGCAAAAGCAUGUCUGGUCAGACAUAUGAGAAGACAUACAAAGGAGAGGCCUUAUCAGUGUGACUUAUGCAACAAGACUUUCACUUCCAGGGCACAUCAAGCAUACCACAUAAAAGUACAUACACAGGAAAGGCCAUAUACUUGUGAGGUUUGUAAUAAGGCAUUUUCAUAUAAAAGGGGUCUAAUGUUGCACAUGAAAGUACAUUCUGAUGAUAAACCCUAUUCUUGCCGUACAUGUAACAAGGCUUACAGGAGCAGGAAUGCUCUAGUAAAUCACCUGAAGAAGCAUACAAAUGAGCGGCCUUAUAGUUGUAACUUUUGUGAUAAAGCAUUCCAAUUGAAAAACUCUCUAGUGGAGCACAUUAAAAUACACACAAACGAAAAAGCUUUUAGCUGUGAAGUGUGUAGUAAAUCAUUUAUUUCAAAAGGUAGUUUGGUGAGGCAUCUUAGAGUGCAUUCAAAGGUGAGGCCCUAUAAUUGUGAGAUUUGUAGCAGGUCGUUUUCAGAUAAAAGUAAUUUGUCAAAACACAUGAGAACACACACAAAGGAGAAGCCUUUUACCUGUGAAGUUUGUAAUAAGUCAUAUGCAUGGAAAAGUGUUCUAAUGAUGCACAUGAGAACACAUGGUAAGGAAAGACCUUAUGCCUGUGAUAUAUGUGGCAAGACAUACAGACACCCGGGUAAUCUACGAAUUCACAAGAAAACACAUAGCCAAGUUACCCAGGAUACAAAGAAUACAAAGGAUAUGGAGGAUUCCCAGGAUACCCAAAAUAAGUCAAAUCAUUACCUAUUAUUGCUUCCUCCUAUACAUCUUCUAUAUACACCCUUAUCUUUACCCAAUAAUCCUCUGGAAAAAAUGUGCCUGGCUGCCAAGGAUGUAUGCUAAUAAAAAGUUAUGUGACAUGCAAGACAGUGUAUAAAGACGAGACC